AUGACGGCUGCUGGCACGGGUACAGGGGGUCAAUAUGAUGGCUACUGGCACAGACCCAGCCUCAGUUUAAGUGUUCGGGAGAAAUCUGUUACAGAUCUGCUGAUAGAAAAAGAGCAGGAAGUUGAGGCAGAUAACAUCGAUAAAGAGAAAUCAGAUGUCCUGCCAACAAAAAGUGACACUGAUGCCACCAAAUCAGAAGACAAAGGGGCUGUCGGAAAGAAUACAAUCAUCUUUCAGAACACCACUCGGGUAUGGAAGCCCAAGUUGCGGCGCCCAACUUUUGUCAACCAAAACUUUACACCAAGUUUGAAAAAAGGCGAGAUAGAGCACCCAACUGCUGAUACCACCAAAGCAGACUAUGGGCCUGUCAACUGCACGCCAAGAUGCAAAAAUGCCCAGUUAGAGCGCCCAACUGCUGAUACCACCAAAGCGGACUAUGGGCCAGUCAAAAGAAAAAGAGACAUGAGCAACAUCAAUAUGGAAGAAAGAGGCUGCCUGCCUAAAAAGAGAAAGACAGGCCACAUCAAUAUAGACGAAAGAGGCGGCAUGCCCAAAAAUAUGGACGAAAGAGGCGGCAUGCCCAAAGAUAUGGAAGAAAGAGGCGGCAUGCCUAAAAAGAGAAAAAUAAGUAAGUUGUUGGCUGUUAUUAAUUCACAGUUCAUUUUGUUUAGAGAAUCUAAAAACAUUUGGAACCUUGACAUUUCAAUAUUAAGGAAGUUAAUGCUCUGCGACCCCCUCCUAUACACAAAACUAUUGGAAUCGGCGGCAUUGAGAUUGGAAUUGCCGACAUGCAGGGCUGUGAUCCUUGGCUUGACUAUGUAACUACUGACUACUACUAUUACUGACUACUACUAUCUGUACAGGGAUUAUAUGCUGUCCCUGUGCUUGCAUGAAGUUUAAGACAAUAACAUGCGUAGAUUAAGUUGAGAAAGCCAUAUAGAGCAUAUACUAUUACUUGAGAAAUGGGAAUGUAAGCUCUGCAGAGUAAAUGGGGAAACAUUCUAUAUAAUAAUAGUUCCAAGUCCAAAGCAUUCUGAAUAACAAGUCCCAUGCCUGUACCUGUUGAUGCUAUAAUGUUCUUAGAUACAACGUGCAUAAAUCAAGCUAUAUGCAGAAAUAACCUUUAUUCACAAUGCAUUACUAUCUUGUGAUUUUUAGCCUUUGAAAAAUUCACCCCAAAGAGAGAAGAGAGGAAGAGAGAAAGGCAACAUCAUUGGAACCGUGGUGAGAUAUUUUUUUACUUUUUUCAUGUUUUAAGGGUUAAUAUGAAGCAGUGGAAGUAGUUACCAUGAAUGUUCUAUAUGUAGGUCUGGGAAGCUUAAAUUAGUAUGAUAUUAGUAUCAUGAAUUUUAUACGUGGACAGCAGAUAUUUAGGGCAGGCCAGAGGG